AACAAAUCAAAACAAAAUUAAAGGGAAAAAAAUAAAAAUAAUAAUAAUAACCAUAAAAAAGGUUAUUUUUUCGCUCCCCCCGAAAUCUCACGCGAGCCGGACACCCUAGUGCGCAGACGCGUUGUUUGGACGUCCCUUCCGGAAGAAGAAUAUGGCGGAAAGAAUCGAAGAACGUAACAGGACGUCGAGUUAUCAACUUUCUACUCAACCGACGGAGAAUGCGAAGACCCGGCAGGCCACGAACUAUGGCGUCAAACUGUUCCGUGAUUAUUGUUUCCGUCGCGGCGUGGACAGGAUCGACUGUCUGAAUGACAAAGACAUAGCCAAGUUGUUAAAAGGAUUCUAUGCAGACGUCCGCACCAAGGACGGGCAACGUUUCAGUGUUAAUUCCCUGAUUGCCAUUAGGUACGCACUCAGUCGAUUCUAUUAUCGUUUGCCCCAACUAUCCCGUAAGAUCGAUAUCGUGCGUGGAACGGCCUUCGACGAAGCCAACCAGAUAUUCAGGAACGUCCUGAAGGACUUGGAAACUCAGAACAGGGGUCAGAGCGGCUGUCAAAGGGUCGACGUCGACACAGAUGAUCGACACAAACUCAGACAUUACUUUGUUCACGCCAUCCACACUCCCAGGGGUCUACUACACAAAGUAUGGUACGAUCUGAUGCUACAGAUAGGAAGGAAAGGAAGGGAUGGACAGAGGAUGUUAUCCAAGAGUUCGUUCGUUAUCGGGACGUCUACCGACGGCAGACAGUACAUUUAUCAGACUGACGAUGAAGAAGGUGGUAAUAUUAUACUGGAGAAUCCAGGAGAUCUUUUAUGUCCAGUGAAGAAUUUUCGCAUGUAUCUAGCCCGGUUAAAUCCAGCCUGUGAUGCCUUGUUUCAGCGACCAAAGGAUCGAAUUUCCAAACAGGACUUGUGUUGGUACGUUAAUUCGCCAGUGGGAAAGAACAUGCUUGCCACGAUGAUGUCUACAAUUUCCAAAUGUGCUGGUCUGAGUCGUGUUUAUACAAACAUAAGAAUUCGAGCCACGAUGUAUUCUGAAGCACAAGAAAAUGGUUGCAUUUCGUGUGAAGUUUCGCCAAUUAAAAAUGUGACUGACGUGAACAGAUCACACAAUAUAUCAAAUGAAAUGGGCAAUGAUGGUUAUGAAAUACCAGCAGAGAGUAUUGCACUACUUAGCAACAAUGUGGUUGGUAAUGCCAGGAAUAAUUCUUGUACUAUUCAGGUAUCAGAAGACAAAUCUCUUCUUGUAACCAAUCCUCAGGAAUUUGUCAAAUCCUCAGCAUCAUCUAGUAUGAUCAAAAUUUCUUCCACAACAUCCUUAUCAGUGUUUCCAGUUGCCUUGAGUCGAGCAUGUCCAGAUUCAACACAAUCUUCUUCAGAUAUGCAACAUUUAGACAAAGUUACACAGUCUUCCACUUUGCAGGGAUUAAAUAGAAAUCAGAUGUGUUCAUCUUCAGAAAUCAAAUCUCAAAAUGAACAGUCUGAUAAUACGAAGAUUUGUACAAAUGUUUUUAAUCAACACGAGCAUAUCAACAAAUGUGCAACUUGCAAUACAAUACUCAAAAAUCAAGGAGGAAUACUUUUGACAGCCGGUCGAUUAGGGAAAAGAUUAUUUUGUUCCACGGGUUGCCUCGGUCAGUGGGUUUCUCAGGAUAACAACAAAUCUAUUUCUACAUCCUCAUCAUCAUCUUCGUCGUCAUCGUCAUUGCCAACGUGCGAUUAUUGUCAAAUAAAACAGACACCAAAAUAUCAUUUGAUUGGGGAUAAUGGCGUCGUCCAGAAGUUUUGUUCUAGUAAUUGUAUGGUUCAUUAUAAAAAUUCGCCAAUUAAUGGUCAUUAUGGAACAGUGCCAUGGUGUACAGAAAGUGAUAAGUCCUCAUAUCUUUCUGACUCAGAUAGCCCCAUUCCAGUUAUAAGUUCAGUUGUUUCCCUUUCAACUGAUCAAACAACCAUUGGUAUGGAAGAUGAUGAAGAAAGUCCAGAAGAUGAAGAUGAUGAUGAAGAACUUGAUAGUGAAGAGGAAGAAAAUGAUGAUGGAACUCUUGGUUCACCAGUUUUUAUUGUUCCAGAUGAGCUCCCAACAACAUCCACAUUCCCUUCUCCCAACCGUAAACACAAAAUGAAAGAAACAAUUCCCCGAUCCGUUCACAGUCUUCUUCCUCAAUCUAAAUGUCCUCGGAAUGAUUAUUCUUCGUGUCUGAAACCUGCUAUGACUUCUGUAAGUGUAUUAUGCAAACCAAACAUGUGUAGCGUUGGAGUCCAAGUAGGGCCAUCUAAUAAUUAUCCAACAGAAAAUGGUAUCAGUAACCCACAGAACUGCUUAGUUGAGCAUAAUCAUGAUCACUUAAAUUCUAAGCUGUCAGAUGAUAACUUAGGGGAUUACAAAAAAGAUUUGAUUCCUUUACAGAUGGAUAUCAGCAUUGAUAGCAGUGCCAAACCUGAUACUCAGAUUUACAAAGCACCACCUAAACUUACUGCACCACCACACAUAAUAACACUCGACUCAUUCCGUUUCGGAAGAAUGUCCAGAAAAAUGUCCUGGGAUGAAGUCGCACAAAGAAGUAAACUGCAGACCAUGUGGGCAGUGAAACUCUUUCGAGAUUGGCUUCAGUGUCGAAAGAAACUUCAGCCGGAUUUCGAAAAUUUGCAACCGAUCAAACUGGGAGAGAUGCUUCAAGAAUUUUACUCAAAUCUAAAGAAGCCGGAUGGCGACGAUUACAGCGUCAGUACCUUUCACAGUAUUCGUGCUAGCAUUAACCGUUAUCUUUCUCUUCCUCCCCAUUCGAAACCCUUCAGUAUUAUACGAGGAAGUGAAUUUCAGAAUGCCAAUGAAGCUUUCUUUAAGCGCGUCAAAAGUAUUCAGCACAAUAGCUGGUGCCCUCCGCAGAUUACAAAUAACCCAAAUAUUCCAAAUCAGUAGACGUUUUUCUUUUUUAAAAAAAGAAAUUAACCCAAUUUUAAAAAAAAGGUCUAGAAAACGAGUUAUAUGCUGCACGAAGUAAAAAAAAAAAGAAGAAAAGAAAAGAAAAAGAAGCAUUGGAACCGGUGGAUUGAUUCAUACAGGACUUUUUUUUAUACCAUUAAUAGCAAGUGUGGAUGCAGAAAAUCCACAAUUUUCGUCAGUAUUUUGAGAAGUGAGUGCAAAUGCUUUUUGCUGUGUUGUUUUAGAGCAUAAAUCAAUUUACCUGUUGCGAUUAUAUGACUAAGAAAUGGUAAUACGCAGUAAGUAACUUUUUUUUAACACAAAGUAAAAUUGUGUAAAGAUACAAACACACACUGAUUUCAAUUUACUAAACAAACAAAUGAUGUUUUUUAUUGUGCAAUCGAAUAUUGGUGUUACCAUAAAAAAAUAAUAUCGUAAACUACGUAGAAAAUUUACAGGAACAUUGUCGUUGAAAUAAGUCAUAGUGAUUUAUAUUGUUAACAAAACAAUAUUUAGUAAUUUAUAUUUAUCUUUACUAAAUCUGUUUAUAAAAAGCAAAACUUUUUUUAUAUAUAUAUACUUACGAUAUAUAUAUAUAUAUAUAUUAUAUAUAUUUAAUAAUUUAUUUAAGAAUGACAGCUAUGCUCCUACCUACCACUUAACACUUGACAGUAAUUACAUAUUCGGAUGAUCCGUUAGACAUUACAAAUACAAAGGAAGACAAAUGUUGGCCAAUCAGAAACCAUUUUAAAAAAAUCUUUCAUACUCAUUGCUUCCAACAAUCUUCCUCUUCAUCACCAUUUUAUCGAACGAAUUAACACGUCGGUAGUAGCAUUAGUGUUUUUCAUUUAUACACUUUUUAUUUAUUAUUAUUAUUAUUAAUUAUUAAUAUUUUUUUAAAUUAAAGCUUUAAAAUUUUUUGUGUUUUUAUAAGAAAAAUAUAUAUAUCUCUUGCUAAUUAUUUUCCGUCCACUUCCGUGUCAUGUGGCAUGGGGAAGUAAUUUUUUUAUAUGUGUAUAUUAUUGUAUCUGAUGCAGUUUAUCUUUUAAUUUAAGACUACAUAUCCAUUCUCUGUAGAUUGAAAUACUUUGUCUUUUCGCAUUAGCUGCUUAAUGGGUCGUUUCUGUUGCAGAGAUCCUAAACGAGAACUUGAGAUGCACGUUUUAAAAUAGUUUUCCAGACGUGCGGCACGCUCGAUAAACCCAAACGAAUGGAUUCACACAUAACCAAAGUAUCGCAGGUAUCUAGUUUAUGUUUGUGUUUAUUACAAACAACAAUAGUUGAAUGGCAAAAAACACGAUUACCAUAUUCCUCUAUUGUGUUAAGACGCAGAAAAGUAGAAGUUAUUUUUUAAUAAUAUUGUUUUAAACCUUUAAAUCUAAACUAAGCUAGAGGUGUCAUACACUUUAUAAGACAUUUGAGCAAACAGGUAUUACAAUCAGGUUUUAUUUAAAACACACAAAAGAUAAAAACCACUUCCAUCACCGCACACCCUGCCAAAAACUUAUAAAGUCUAACUGACACUUCUGCCAUAGAUGCAAUUUCAAAGCACAAUAUUACAGAGCACAUACAUACGAACAAUUUUACAACAGCAAGAAAUCUUUUGAACACAUUCGAUUGCCUGCGAAUAGAUAACAAAACCUACGGUCAGAGAUGUUCUUGUAUAUAAAAAAAAAAAAAAGCAUUUUAUCACUUACAUAUUCUCAUUUUAUUAUAUUUGUCAUUUUAACUCAUGAGAGACGAUUUAAUUUAAUGUUAGAAGUGGUGUGUUCGUCUUCUCCGAAUAGCGUAUGCUAUCAGAUCAAUUUGAAGUCCAGAGAGUGUCAGAAAUGUCUUCAACUUGACAUAAAAGCAUACACCAUUCUGAUGGAAUGAAAACACCUAAUUAUUAUUAUUAUUCGUUGCCAUUAUUUAUUAGUUAUGCUUUCGUAGUGUAUAAAAAAAACAAGAGUUCAUUCCAUCUUUUGUUAACCGAGACGCUUAGGAGAGCCAUGCAAAUUUUUUUUUUUUUUUUUUAGUACACGGAGCUUUCAACGUCUGAGUAUUGUGUUGUUUACGUUAAGUUUUUUUGUUUAUUCGAUGAUAUUUUUUUACAUAAAUAUAUAUACAUAUAUAUAUACAAUUGCCUAUUAAAACAGAAAUGUAUUUUUCACAUUUCUAUGGCAGCUGUAAUCAAAGUUUUGCUAGCUAUGCAAAAUUUCUCUAUCUCUCCUCUCUCUCACUCUCUGUCUCUGUUGGUACAUUAUUGCUUCAUUCUUAAUAUCUGUGGUUUUUUUAUUAUAUAGUAUAGAGAAUUAGUUAUAUUUAGAAGAAAAAUAUAUUAUUGUUUGUAAUUACACCUCCUAAUCAUUAAGUUAAGAAUCAAAAAUAUGAUUCAGAAUCGAGAUUUGCAUCGAAUUUAGAUAUUCCUGAAGCGAAACUUGAUAGAUUUGUUGCUGUUAUUCCUUCGCCAAUUGUCAAAGAUAUGAGUUUUUCAGGCUGCAAACUAAUUGUCCCAUCCAUUUAUUGAUCAUAAGAGUUCAGAAGUACAGGUGUGACUCUCAGUUAAUUUUCCUGGUCUUGAUUGUGUAUUUUCAAUGCAUGCAGAUUAACUAAAUUCGAUGGCUAAAUCAGCUGAGAAAUUAUUUUUUUAAUUGAUGACAGAAAACAAAAAAAAAAUUGUUUAUUUUUCUGAUAGAUCACGUUUCUAAACAAACACAACAUGGGCAGCUGUUUUCGAACUUUUAUUGAAGACAUUUUUAAAUAUUUCAGUAGGGAAUCUGAUUUUGAAUCAUCUUUUUGUACUUGGACUCGACUGGAUAUACUGUGUUUUAUUUACCUUCAGAAGUGUUGACCAUGCAGAAAAAAAAUACCUCUUUGGUCGAAUUUCAUUGGCAGUAAACAACGGGCACUUUUAAGUGGCAAGCAACUAAGCAAGCAAAUUGGUAAAAUAGAAAUUGGCACUGUGUAAAAUUGGCAUAGAAAUCAGUUCAUUCGACCCACUUCGGAUGAGUGAACCAUUUGACUUUCUUGGCCAAUUGACCAACAACGUUGCCGAUUUCAAACGGACUAAGCAAACCAACGAUAUUGCCCAAUUUGUACGACAUGGGCUAAGCAAACCACUGACGUAGCCAUUAUGAAACGGGCUACGUCAUUGGUUUGAAAUUGGCUUGCCUAGGCUGUUUCAUAAGAAACGGGUUACUUACUUAUCCGCUCGCUACCCAGAAGCCGCCCAUAAUAUUCCUUCCGAUAAAAUGGCUGCUCUCGGCUUCCUAGAAGAAGCUAAAGUUAUUUAAACAGAUAUACCUCUACUCGUACACAAAUAUAUGCUUUUGUAGUCCUUUUCUACUGUGAUUUUGAAGUAUGGUAUAACAUUUAGUAACCUCUGUCCCCCUCUGCAAAAUCUUGGUCCAAUUUAUAUAUAUAUAUAUAUUCUUGGUCGGCGUAUGACGGAGACGCCCGAGCGACUUUCUCGACGGUGUUUUAUAAAAACAUAAUUAAUAAUAAUAAUACAUUAAUUCCAUAGCAGAGCAAAAAAUUGCAUAAUAAUUCGGACGAGAGAGAGAGGGAUCCUCCGUCGAAAACAAGGAAUCAAUUUAUGCCGCCAUCAUGUCUGGUACUGUCUGCAAUUUAACUUAUAAAGUGUUAUAAAUAUAUAUAUUAAAAAACAUAUUGACGCACGGUUUGCUCGCUUUUAGUGGUUUUUAUGUUCAUUGAAGAAAAAUCCAUAAGUUAAACUUUUUUGGUAUUUGCAAACUAUUAUAUUUGCAUCGGUGGUGUUCAAAGUUCCAAAAGAAAAAAAAACUUCAUACCUCAUCUACACUUUGCUCGCUUUGCACACUCCUUGCCAAAGCUACUCUGUACACACACACCUCUGUAACUUAGCACCGGAGUGCAAGAACCGCGGCAGAGCAAUGCCACCGCGGAGUUUUUGGCACACCUCCGAAAAACUUACCUCUUUCAAGGCAAAGCUUGCAAAACCUGCAUAUCACACUUUGGACACCACUAGUCAAAAAAAAAAAAAAUUGUUGUUUAAUGCCAAUUUGGGCUUGCCAAAUAUAUAUUAAUGAGUGCCAAAAUAUAUAUUUAUGUGAACAUUUUUUUUUUAAUAAUUUAUUAUUAUUAUUACUACAAUAUUUAUGACUUGAGCGCCAUCUGUCC